AUGCAGUGUGUGAAGAAGUGCCCGUUCGAGGCGAUCAACAUUAUCAAGCUUCCAACCAACCUUGAGAACGAGACGACGCACCGCUACAGUGCGAACAGCUUCAAGUUGCACCGUUUGCCUGUACCCCGUGUCGGCCAGGUGCUGGGUUUGGUCGGUACGAACGGUAUCGGCAAGAGUACUGCCCUGAAGAUUCUUGCUGGUAAGCAGAAGCCGAACCUGGGUCGGUAUGAGGACCCUCCAGACUGGGCUGUGAUUCUGAAGUACUUCCGUGGUUCGGAGCUACAAAACUUCUUCACCAAGGUGUUGGAGGACAACAUCAAGGCUUUGAUUAAGCCCCAAUAUGUCGACAAUAUCCCCCGUGCCUUGAAGACCAAGGCUACGGUCAGGCAACUGCUGGAUAGCAAGACUCAGCGCAACAACAAGGAGGAGGUCAUUGAUGCCUGUGACCUCACCCCUGUUCUGGACCGUGACGUUCAGAACCUGUCGGGUGGUGAGCUGCAGCGUUUCGCUAUUGCUAUGAGCUCGGUGCAGGAUGCCAACAUGUACAUGUUCGACGAGCCGUCGUCCUACCUGGAUGUGAAGCAGCGUCUGAAUGUCGCGCGUACGAUCCGUACGCUUUUGGAUGCUAGCACCUAUGUCAUUGUCGUGGAGCACGACUUGUCCGUGCUUGACUACCUCAGUGACUUUGUCUGCUGUCUCUACGGUGUUCCCAGUGUGUACGGUGUGGUUACUGUGCCGAGUCCCGUGCGCGAUGGUAUCAACAUCUUCCUGGAUGGUUACAUCCCUGCCGAAAACAUGCGUUUCCGUGAGGAGUCACUGAGUUUCAAGAUUGCCGAGACCGCAGACGACAAGGACAUUGAGCGUUCUGCGACGUACCAAUACCCCAAGAUGACCAAGAAGCUUGGCAACUUCGAGCUCUCUAUUGACCCCGGUACCUUCACCAACUCGGAGAUUCUCGUGUUCUUGGGUGAGAACGGUACUGGUAAGACGACCUUUGUCAAAAUGCUUGCUGGCAAGCUGGCGCCUGACACAGGCGUUGACGGCCUCCCGCAACUGAACGUGUCGCUUAAGCCGCAAACCAUUACGCCCAAGUUCCAGGGCACCGUGCGCAUGCUUCUCCUGAAGCAGAUCAAGGCCGCCUUUAUGCACCCCCAGUUCCAGACGGACGUUGUGAAGCCGAUGAGCAUUGAGGCGAUUAUUGACAACGACGUGCAGACCCUCUCGGGUGGUGAGCUGCAGCGUGUGGCCCUGGUGCUGGCCCUUGGUAAGCCCGCCGAUAUCUACCUGAUCGAUGAGCCGAGUGCGUAUCUGGACUCUGAGCAGCGUAUCCAAGCCUCCAAGGUCAUCAAGCGCUUCAUCCUUCACUCAAAGAAGACCGCGAUGAUCAUUGAGCACGAUAUUAUUAUGGCUACUUACCUCGCGGACCGCGUGAUUGUCUACGAGGGCACUCCCUCCAUCAAGGCGCAUGCACGCAGCCCUGAGUCGCUGCUGACGGGUAUGAACUCGUUCCUGAAGACGCUGGACGUCAGUAUGCGUCGUGACCCGACCAACCUCCGUCCGCGUAUCAACAAGCACAACAGUAUCAAGGACAAGGAGCAAAAGUCCAGCGGCCAGUACUUCUUCCUUGAGGACUAA